GGUCAUCAAUUCUAUAAAGCCCAGUAUCUGCUGAUAAACGUAGUUUAUUGUGUCAGUCAUUGGCAAUUGUCAUCUUGAUACCGUUGAGCAUGUUCUCCUCCUUAAAAUUUGAUGUAAGAAAAAUUGGCGAUAAGGGAGAAAGUGUGGAAGACCCUGGAAUUGGUUUGAAUAACUAUUGAAACGGUUUGGUAGCUAGCCAGUUUUGAUGGGUAUUGCCAGCUUCAAAGUAGGAUAGAGUGAGCUGUUGACAGUGGAGUUAGGGGGCCAAUUAGUUCGGCAAACGAAUCAAACUUGAAGGAACUCCCAAUAAUCAAAGAAUACACUCACAAAACCCAGAACUAAAAGGAGCAGAAUCAAAUUGAAUAGUAAACCCGAGUGAGAAUUGGAGAUCUAAAAAGGAUCAAAGAGCAAAGCAAAGUGAGAAACAGCGAUUUUGAUCUCUCCAUCUCUAUACUCUUCUUGUCUUACUUCCCUGCUCCAAGUUUCGGAGUGACUGUUGCAAACGAGGGAGAAGCAAGCAUAUUUAUAUGCUCACCUGUAAAGUGAUCAAUGAAUAUGUGUGUGCCACGUGGUUUGAUGUUUGUUUUAAGUGAAUGCUAUUGGAGACAGUUAUAUACUGGAGUAUGUGUAAUUCACCUACUUGUUUGUAACAGGAAGUAGAAAAGAAAACUAAUUGUUGUAAGCUUUUUUAUGCGUAGAAACAAAAUCAUAUUAAAAACAAGGAAAAACACUCGCACAAACAUAAAGAAAUUAUUCUGUAUCAGCUCAAACCCAAAAAAUAAUACCUAAACCAGGUAAGACCGAAAAAGAUGAAUUGGUCGGCAGCACAACUUCAAAGCUAUGACUUCAACUAACUACCUAUCACUCGUCAACUACCAUUCCCAAGUCCGCAUGAAACAACAACCUAAAAAGGUGUAAGGACUAAUGCAAUGACUGCUUCAGUAACAAUCAUCAUUGUCCGCUACCUCGCUAUUCCUCAAUCUGUAAUUCACUCAAACCACCCCUUUUCUUUUUUUUUAGCUAACUUUAUUGCUUCCUCCUUACUACUCUGUUUUCAUGCCCUGCUUUUAAGUUUGAAAAUGGAACAUUCAGCAGACCAUAGUCAACAUGCUCCUCCUCCUCCUUCAACAGUCGCCUCUCUCCCUUCUUCUGCUAGCACAGAAGUCCGUGAAGAAGAAAGUAAUAGUGGCCAACGCCUGCUCCACCGCCAGCAUCGCCAAGAGCGGCGACCACAAUCUUCCGGCGGGUCAUCUUAUCGUCUCAAUAUAUCAAUAUACGAUGAGUCAAGGUUCGACGUGAGUGAUGAUGUUUGGUAUUGCGUUAUUGUUCUUAUCGCAUUUUGGCUUUUUGCAGCCUCAAUAACUCUGAUGGUGGGUUUUUAUGGAUCGGUGAGUUUACAAAUCAGUCCACAUAGCUCACACCUUGUACGACCCAACUCUUUCUUUGUUCAGUCUAUUGAGUUUGAAGAACCGGAUAAACAAAAACCAGGGUUAAUGGUGUACGGAUUUCACAGACCACCUCCUUUAGAUGUUGAGAUCUCCUGGACUGAAACACAUGACAUAUUUAUACCACCUAAUUUCCAUAAGGAGUGGCUGUUCUUCUUAAACGAAGGGUCGCAAGUGAAUAUUUCAUACGCUAUAAGAUCCGCCAGCUCCUUACCUCUAUCACUUGUCAUUGCCCAAGGUAUUGAAAGCCUUGCUAAGUGGGUAGAGGAUCCGUCAUAUCCUAAUACAAGUUUGUCAUGGAAUAUAAUAUAUGGAACUGGUAAGAUCCAACAAGAAAUUCCAAAGUCUUCAAAUUAUUAUGUUGCUGUGGGGAAUUUGAACACUAAGGAGGUUGAGAUACAGUUGAACUUCUCAGUGAACGCUCUAAGUUAUGACACAAGUCAAGCGUAUUACACAUGUUCUUUGGGGGAUCAUUUGUGUGAUUUGGAGCUUUAUCUUCUACAUCCCAAUGUUGCUGUCUUGUCUUCACCUGGUCGUAAUGAGGAAAGUCCUAAUAACAUCUGGUAUGUUAAGGUAUCUUAUGGACCUCGAUGGAUUUCAUAUUUUGUCGGAUCAGGUGUGAUGACCGUCCUAGUAUUAAUAGCCUUUAGAUUAUGGAAAAUGAAGCAAAGAAGAUCCAAUGUUGGAGAAAUGGGAUCACAACGAGCACCAUUGCUUGCACAGAAAGACGAUGAUAUCGCAAGCUGGGGUUCAUCUUACUAUUCCCUAUCCAAUGACGAGGACGAAGAGGAUCCGGAAACAUGGCAGCAAGCAGCCACUUGUCUUGAAGGAAAGCCUUUGAAUGAUGGGGAAAGAAGCAGCAACAACCCUCGGCACCUUUGUGUUGUUUGCUUCGGUUCACCCAGAGAUUGUUUCUUUCUUCCUUGUGGACAUUGUGCUACCUGUUUCACGUGUGGAACAAGGAUUGCAGAAGAAGCUGGUACUUGCCCAAUAUGUCGUAGGAAGAUGAAGAAAGUCCGGAAGGUUUUUACAGUUUAAGGCGGCUUUAACCCAUAUCCCGUUUGAGUAUGAGCAUGAUUUGUAUGAGAUUUGUUUCCUCUGUAUAUGAUAUAACUCUUGACUGACCAAUGAAGUAAAUGUUACUAUAAACCUUGGCAUCAA